GUGCUGAAGAAAGAGGGCACUAGUGUACAGCCCAGAUCGCAUCCUUGCACCGUCUGGAUUAGAGCUGAGUCGUCUGCGAACCGAGCGUGGCCCGAGCGGUGUUCUGGCCCGAGGACCAUAGCGCUGUCUACCCGGACUCAGGUACGUCUCAAGUCCAAUUCUCCAAGCAGACCCAGCUUCUAGCCUAGGGCUUGCCACCGCGACGUCCAUUGUACUCUUGAGCAGUUUACUUUGAUGCGCCGGUGAAGAAGGGAGCUCGAAUUCCCCUAGAAACGCCUCCAGGACAAGGAGGUGGUCCUGGAGGACCAGGAGGAGGAGGAGGAGGGGAAGGAGGCGGGGGCGCCGGCGGCGGCGGCGAAAGUGUUGGACCAGCGGUGUUGGCAAGAAGGACCGAGCUGGGGGAGGCAGGCGUCGGGCAUCUGUCUACGUUGGGAGCCCGCAGAACCGGCUGGCAGGACGAGCGUGGGAAAGCGGCUGGCCGGCUGUGGACCGCGUCCUCAGCACAAUGAUCCGGCUCCUCUUAGUUUUUUUCCCAGCGAUCUUUUUGGAGAUGUCCCUUUUUCCCAGGGGACCCAGCAGGAAAGUGUUGCUGGCGGGAGCUUCGUCUCAGCGCUCGGUGGCCAGAAUGGACGGAGAUGUCAUCAUCGGAGCCCUCUUUUCAGUCCACCACCAGCCGCCGGCGGAGAAGGUGCCCGAGAGGAAAUGUGGAGAGAUCAGGGAGCAGUAUGGCAUCCAGAGAGUGGAGGCCAUGUUCCAUACAUUGGAUAAGAUUAACGCGGACCCGGUCCUCCUGCCCAAUAUCACUCUAGGCAGUGAGAUCCGGGACUCCUGCUGGCACUCUUCCGUGGCUUUGGAGCAGAGCAUUGAGUUCAUCAGGGACUCUUUGAUUUCCAUUCGAGAUGAAAAGGAUGGGCUCAACCGGUGCCUGCCUGAUGGCCAGUCCCUCCUCUUAGGCAGGACUAAAAAGCCUAUUGCGGGGGUGAUCGGGCCAGGCUCCAGCUCCGUAGCCAUUCAAGUGCAAAACCUGCUCCAGCUCUUCGACAUCCCCCAGAUUGCGUAUUCUGCCACGAGCAUCGACCUGAGUGACAAAACUUUGUACAAAUACUUCCUGAGGGUUGUCCCUUCUGACACUUUGCAAGCAAGGGCAAUGCUUGAUAUAGUCAAACGUUACAAUUGGACCUAUGUCUCUGCAGUCCACACAGAAGGGAACUAUGGGGAGAGCGGAAUGGAUGCUUUCAAAGAGCUGGCUGCCCAGGAAGGCCUAUGUAUCGCCCAUUCAGACAAAAUCUACAGCAAUGCUGGGGAAAAGAGCUUUGACCGACUCCUGCGCAAGCUCCGGGAGAGGCUUCCCAAGGCCAGAGUGGUGGUCUGCUUCUGCGAAGGUAUGACGGUCCGAGGCCUCCUGAGUGCCAUGAGGCGCUUGGGCGUCGUGGGAGAGUUCUCACUCAUUGGAAGUGAUGGAUGGGCAGACAGAGAUGAAGUCAUUGAAGGUUAUGAGGUGGAAGCCAACGGGGGAAUCACAAUAAAGCUGCAGUCUCCAGAGGUCAGGUCAUUUGAUGAUUAUUUCCUGAAACUGAGGCUGGACACUAAUACAAGGAAUCCCUGGUUCCCUGAGUUCUGGCAACAUCGGUUCCAGUGCCGCCUACCGGGACACCUUCUGGAAAAUCCCAACUUUAAAAGAAUCUGCACAGGCAAUGAAAGCUUAGAAGAAAACUAUGUCCAGGACAGUAAGAUGGGGUUUGUCAUCAAUGCCAUCUACGCCAUGGCUCAUGGGCUGCAGAACAUGCACCACGCCCUCUGCCCAGGCCAUGUGGGCCUCUGUGAUGCCAUGAAGCCCAUCGAUGGCAGCAAACUCCUGGACUUCCUCAUCAAGUCCACGUUCAUCGGUGUGUCUGGAGAGGAGGUGUGGUUUGAUGAGAAAGGGGAUGCUCCUGGAAGGUAUGAUAUCAUGAAUCUUCAGUACACAGAAGCUAAUCGCUAUGACUACGUACAUGUAGGAACCUGGCACGAAGGUGUGUUGAACAUCGAUGAUUACAAAAUCCAAAUGAACAAGAGUGGAGUGGUACGGUCUGUGUGCAGUGAGCCUUGCUUAAAGGGUCAAAUUAAGGUCAUACGGAAAGGAGAAGUGAGUUGCUGCUGGAUUUGCACAGCCUGCAAAGAGAAUGAAUAUGUGCAAGACGAGUUCACCUGUAAAGCCUGUGACUUAGGGUGGUGGCCCAGUGCAGAUCUAACAGGCUGUGAACCUAUUCCUGUGCGCUAUCUUGAGUGGAGCAACAUAGAAUCCAUUAUAGCCAUCGCCUUUUCCUGCCUGGGCAUACUUGUUACCUUGUUUGUUACUCUCAUCUUUGUGCUGUACCGGGACACACCAGUGGUCAAAUCCUCCAGUCGGGAGCUCUGCUACAUUAUUCUAGCUGGCAUCUUCCUCGGUUAUGUGUGCCCUUUUACCCUCAUUGCCAAGCCUACCACCACAUCCUGCUACCUCCAGCGCCUUCUGGUUGGCCUCUCCUCUGCCAUGUGCUAUUCUGCUUUAGUGACCAAAACCAACCGAAUUGCACGUAUCCUAGCUGGAAGCAAGAAGAAAAUCUGUACCCGGAAGCCCAGGUUCAUGAGUGCCUGGGCCCAGGUGAUCAUCGCCUCAAUCCUGAUUAGUGUGCAGCUAACGCUGGUGGUAACCUUGAUCAUCAUGGAGCCCCCCAUGCCCAUCCUGUCCUACCCAAGUAUCAAGGAAGUCUACCUUAUCUGCAAUACCAGCAACCUGGGUGUGGUGGCCCCUCUGGGCUACAAUGGACUCCUCAUCAUGAGCUGUACCUAUUAUGCCUUCAAGACCCGCAAUGUGCCCGCCAACUUCAAUGAGGCCAAAUAUAUUGCCUUUACCAUGUACACCACCUGCAUCAUCUGGCUGGCUUUUGUGCCCAUUUACUUUGGGAGCAACUACAAGAUCAUUACCACCUGCUUUGCAGUGAGCCUCAGUGUAACAGUGGCCCUGGGGUGCAUGUUCACUCCCAAGAUGUACAUCAUUAUUGCCAAGCCUGAGAGGAAUGUCCGCAGUGCCUUCACCACCUCUGACGUAGUCCGCAUGCAUGUUGGCGAUGGCAAGCUGCCCUGCCGCUCCAACACUUUCCUCAACAUUUUCCGAAGAAAGAAGCCAGGGGCAGGGAAUGCCAAUUCUAAUGGCAAGUCUGUGUCAUGGUCUGAACCAGGUGGAAGACAGGUGCCCAAGGGACAGCACAUGUGGCACCGCCUCUCUGUGCACGUGAAGACCAAUGAGACGGCCUGCAACCAAACAGCCGUCAUCAAGCCCCUCACUAAAAGUUACCAGGGCUCCGGCAAGAGCCUCACCUUUUCAGAUACCAGCACCAAGACCCUAUACAACGUAGAGGAGGAGGAUGCCCAGCCGGUUGGCUUCAGUCCUCCCAACAGUCCUUCUAUGGUGGUGCACCGACGGGUGCCAACUGCGGUGAGCACCCCACCUCUGCCGCCCCACCUGACCACAGAGGAGACCCCCCUGUUCCUGGCAGACCCGGCCAUCCCCAAGGGCUUGCCCCCUCCGCUCCAGCAGCCACCGCAACCGCAGAAAUCCCUGAUGGACCAGCUACAGGGAGUGGUCAACAAUUUCAGCACCGGGAUCCCGGAUUUCAAUGCUGUGCUCGCAGUUCCUGGGGGCCCGGGGAACGGGGUGCGCUCGCUGUACCCGCCCCCGGCGGCCCCGCAGCACCUGCAAAUGCUCCCGCUGCAGCUGAGCACCUUCGGGGAGGAGCCCACCUCCCCGCCAGCAGACGACGACGACGAGGACGACAGCGAGAGGUUCAAGCUCCUCCAAGAGUACUUGUAUGAGCGGGAAGGGAACACGGAGGAAGACGAACUGGAAGAGGAAGACGAAGAUCUGCAGGCGGCCAGCAAACCCGCCCCUGAGGAUUCGCCUGCCCUGACGCCUCCGUCGCCUUUCCGUGACUCCGUGGCCUCGGGCAGCUCGGUGCCCAGCUCCCCCGUGUCCGAGUCGGUGCUCUGCACCCCUCCCAACGUGACCUACGCCUCGGUCAUCCUGAGGGACUAUAAGCAAAGCUCUUCCACCCUGUAGGAAGGAGGUGUCCACUUGGAAAGCACGAGAAACCAGGGAGCACCAGCACCUCUGGAGAUGUGCGGCUAGCUGGGAGGAGGAGAUGGGAGAGGAGCGUGAAGUGUGCGAGAAAGGGAGACAAUGCUGCUGCUGCCUUAGGGAAGGCCAGAGGAAACUGCUCUGCAAGCAAAAAAAAAAAAAAAAAAAAAAAAAAAAGAAAAAAAAGAAAAAAUAUCCCAGCGAGGAUCCCGAUUCUUGAAUUAUUCAAAAGCCUUCUCUGGGAAGAAAGGGAAUUCUGACAAAGCACAAUCCCAUAUAGUGUACAACUUUCACCGCAUAAAUAAAUAAAUACAUGCGUACAUAAACAAACAAAUAAUCUCUUCUUUUGGACAAUUGUGCAUAGAUACACUCACCCACACGCGCUUGGCUUGAGGAGACAGCACCUGUGGACCAGCCAGGUGAAUCCUUAAUUGACAUCAUGGUAUUCAUGGCAGUCGUGGCGAGCGUGGGGGCAGCCAGACCCAGCAGGUGGGUGAAGGAGGGCCAGGGAUGGAACCACCCGUGCGACAGCAGCUCAUUUUUCUCUAUCCCUUCUCCUUAUCAGUGUUCAGGAGCCUAGGGAAUUGGCCCAGACAGGGGCCUCUCUUCACCCAUUACACCUGAGGCAGAGCCAGCCUUGUCACACUUGGAAAAAAAAUGUAUGGACACCCUGCUGCUCUGUGAUGUUUCUCUACUUAGGAAAACAGGAAUCAGAGCAAAAGCAUCACCAAAAACUGCUUCAUCAAGAGUGCUAAGGCAAGAUGGAAUGAGACAGGACAUAAGCGUGAGGUGGUGAACACAUUCAGCGCAGGUAACGUUCCAUAGCUGAUACUCGCUUAUUGGUGAUUUUGGAAAAAAUGCUAGAACAAGAUUGUUUGGAGAGUGGCAGAAGAUGUUUUGUGGAUGAUCUUGUGUUUGUGCCAAGGGGGCUCUUCUCUGCCCUUCAAUAAAAGAGAACAAAACAUGUGGCAAAAUUGUUACCUUACAUUUACUGUAGCAAAUAUUAUUACCAGUUGAACUUCUAAGAUGCAGUAUGUGUACUUGGUGCCAUUGUUUCUCCUAUGUACUAAGGAAACAAAUGAUCUUCGAACUUAAUGAUGUACUCAUAGCAACUAUUACUGGUUCAAUGACAAAUAAUUCUUUCCUCUUGUCAUCCAAGUCCCUAUAACUAGUAUGUAAAUGUGUUCCUAUGUCCUUGUGUACAUGUGAUAAUAAAAUUUGUGCAAUGUAAUGUCAAUGGAAUUGCAACCGGAAGGUUGUCUUUCCAAUAGAGUAUAGAUAUUUUUAUGUUCUAAAAAUGUUUUAUAUAUUGUCACCAAUAUUUACAGAAGUUCUUUGAAGGUUUGAGUGCUGCGGUCUCGUGGUUUUUAUAUGCUGCUCAGAUGGUUCUUCCUCAUCUAAGAGGGAAUUUAUUUUUCAGAUAUUUAAUGAUGUGGAACACGUUAUUAAUGAAGUGGCUUGAAAAUUUGUCACGUUAAAAAUUCACAAAAAACUGUGGGUAACAAUAAAGAGGUACAUUUUAUAAAUUUUCACACAUCAUUAUUAAAACAUGAGAUUGAAAUGACAGUAUUAAGAUUAUUUCAGGUCACUUUAGAUUUUUUUAAAAAAGAUUUUCCACAGUAACGUGAGCUUUCAGUGAUUGAAAUAUAUAUUAACCUCUAUGUCUGGUCAUAUUUUUUCAAGUCAUCUAUCUAUCACUUCUUACUCUCUUUCAAUUGUUAUUUCCAUGUACUUUUAUUCCUCCAUUUUCACUGUCAUCGCUUUUCUUUAUGUUUUUGUCAUUUGCUGUAUGUAAUAUCCAUGUAUGUGUAAUCCAGUUGUUUCAUUUUUACCUCCUCAUUACACCCAAUGAAAGCAAUUUUUCUUGCUGUUUUGAUUUCUUCUAUUAUUUGUGGAAUGAAGCUCACCCCUUUAAAUAUCUGUUUAUGCCUUAUGUGCAGUCAUAUUUUAAUAUGCUUCCUUCAUGUGGAAGCUGAUUUCUCAGCCAAAAAUCAUCUUAGAAUCUUUAAAUACCCACUGCAUCAUUUGUUCAGAAUUUAACAUCAGCUCCAAUGUUUGAGGCCCAUGUUUCUUAUGUCUUCCCAUAUUCUACUGCCAAGUUUAGUUGGUUCCAUAUCAAGAAUGGACUGCCUUUCCCUUAAAAAAUUAUUUGUAACCCCUUUGGUAGAAAGACCUUGUGACUGAAACAAAUUUUAGUUCCAUGUUUUCACAAUGAAGCAGAGUGAGGAAUGUAGAUGGUUCCAGUGCUUAAUAGAUGGUCUGCUUACUGGAAAACUAGCAACUAAAAGCUUACUAUCUAUUAUUUGUGAAACAUGUUUUUUUUUAAAUCUUAAUGCCACUAAUAUAUGUCCUUGAUAUCACAGGACUUGUGCAUUCAGAUUUUUUUUUUUUUUUUUUAAGUAAGAAUAGACCAGGAAAGCUGCUCUACUAUUCAAAUAAUAUAAGAUGUCAGUUUGUUCUGAGGUUUUAGUCUGAGACAUUUGGUGAACACAUUCAACACCUAUUACAUUAUUUCUCUGAAUGCCUAAUAUUAUCAUGAUUAAAAGUUUUCUUGAACAUAAUACAGUAUUAGCUCUUAUAGCAUAAUUGUUCAAAAUUGGAAAUGUACACAUAGGUACCCUGUACCAAAAGGGCAGAUACUCUUCACCUUAAUGUAUGUGCUUAUACAAGUUGUUUAGCUUCUUGUAAAAGUGUAUUCCUUUGGCUCAUUACUGCCUUUUGUCUGAUAAUCUUGAUAAUGCUGUAUAAUAAAUGUUUUCUAUUUAUUAAA